AAGACCUUGAUAAGAAGACUUACUAAUUAAAUUAAAAUAAUAAUGUGUCAAUGUUAACAUGGAUAUGAAUAAAUUUCAUUUGAAAGUUUAAAUUAUUUAAAUUUAAGUAAUGGAUAGUAGUAGCGCUGAAGUAUCAACUAUUUUUCAUCCAAGAAGAUCUAGAGCUCCGAGUAUUAUUUUAAAUGAUGAACAAAGUGGACAUGCACCAUAUGCUAGUCCUGGACAUGUUGUUGUUGAUACAGGAGAAACACAGGGAUGCAGUGUCACGGGGGGAUGCGAUUCAGCAUCAAGUUGUAGGUCACUGGAGACAACUGCCAGCGGGCUUGGAAUACGAGAUGUGAGCAGUGGAGGUGGGAGUGCAGGCGGUGGUCAAGGGCACAAUCAACCCAGUCACACUAGCUCAAACGUUAAUUAUCAAACUAGACGACACUCUAUUGUAAGAUGCUUUGACUCUUGUUGUGCUCAAUCUGCUAAAAAGAUUUAUUUUGGAGUUUGUGUAACCGUAUGUGUAACAGCCAGUUGGGUCGGAGCAACCCACUGUAUUAAAUAUUUAUACUUUCAUAAACCAGACAUAAUCACAAAUCAUAUUGAGUCAUCGGAUAAUGUGACUAGUGAACUUUAUCACCAACCCAUCGUUCUUCCCUACAAUGCGCCUUUUUUCACCACGUGGUUCUGCACAAACUGGGCCGUGCUAUAUUUUCCUGUGUACUUUAUCUGCCAGAUAGUGAGGUCCAAGUGCACAAACCCAACAGAAAUAAUUGCCGAGAGCUUACGUGGAUUCCGCGACAAAGGAUUAACAGGCGGGCGUUUUUUAACACGCUGCAGUUUUUUUUGUGGACUAUGGGUCGCAACUAAUUACAUGUAUAUCCACUCAUUACGUAUUCUUCUUGCUACUGACGUUAUGGCACUGUUUGCAACUAAUGUAUCCUGUGUUUAUCUUUUAUCUUGGGUUAUUUUGCAUGAACAAUUUGUUGGAGUCAGGAUCGUCGCUGUGAUACUUUGCGAUACAGGAAUUGCAUUAUUAGCAUACAUGGAUGGUAUUACCGGAAGCCCAACACUUGGUGGUGUUGUUUUAGCGGCUUCUGCUGCUGCUGGUUCUGCAGUUUAUAAGGUUUUAUUUAAAAAAGUUAUUGGGGAAACAACAUUUGGACAAGUAUCGAUAUUUUUUACGUUAAUUGGUUUGUGUAAUGCGGCAUUACUGUGGCCAGUUUGUUUAGCUCUAUAUUUUUCUGGAGUUGAAAGUGUUCAUUGGGCACGAUUACCUUGGGCUGCAUUACUUUCAGCUAGUAUACUUCAUUUAGUUGCAAAUAUGCUGGCUAAUUUUAGCAUUGCAUUAACAUAUGAUUUAUUUAUCACCCUGGGAUUAAUAACAGCCGUACCAGUGUCAGCAGCACUGGACGUUGUACUUUACGGCGCGCACUUUGUAGGUAUGAAACUAGCGGGAAUGAUAUUGAUAUCAGUAGGAUUUUUCCUCGUCAUGUUUCCUGACAAUUGGCCAGACUACAUAACGCGGCUACUACGAAACGUAGUCAACAUGAGUCACAGCGCAAGAUGGAGUAGGAAACACAGGCACGGGAUUCCCGGCGGCACAGCCCGCGACGUGAUUGAUUAUCGCACGGGUUAUAUUAAAUCGCAUCUUAGAUCGCCAUCUGGAAGAGUGAGGUGACUGUUUCCAUUCAUUGGACGAGAUCAUUAUCUACGAGAUAAAAUCAUUAGAUAAAGUAUCUCGACCGUACUGUAAAAAAUCUGUGGAGUUUAAACGGAGUUAAUGCUUUUUUAACUCAUUUUAUAGAUAAUUUAUAUCAAUUAACUUCAAAAUCAAGUUUAUUUACUUUAGAAAUAUAUAAAUUACCGAAAUAUAUUAUUAUUUCAAUUGAGUUCCAGUUUUGAGUUAAGGUAAAAGACCUUAAACCUGAUCAG